UAUGGAGUCUGCUGGUCUGAGAUCACAGCUAACCUGCUACCUCUGCCUGAACAUUUAUACAGAUCCUGUAACCCUGAUGUGUGGACACAGCUUCUGCCAGGUCUGCAUCACAACGACAUGGGCAAACCAGACGGGGAAAGAAUAUUCUGAAUGUGCUGAAUGUGGACAACAGUUUUGCCGGAAAACAGUGCUGAAAAGAAAUCUUAGAUUGUGUAACAUAGCAAAAAGUUUCCAAGCUAUUCACUCCGAGCAUACGGAAAAUGUGAUAUCUUGUACUUAUUGUGACUCCCAUGUAUCGGCGGCUAAAACAUGUCUAAUGUGUGAGGCUUCUCUGUGUUUGAGUCACCUUAGUGUCCAUACUAAGUCAACAGAACAUAUCUUAACUGAACCCACCAUUGCGCUAGAAAAUCUAAAAUGCUCUGACCACUGGGGAGUCUUGAGCCAUUAUUGCUCUACGGACUCUGUCUAUAUAUGUAGGUACUGCAUCACAUCUGGAGGUCAUCGGGGUCACCAGGUGGAGACUUUAACUGUUGCCUUCAAUAAGAAAAAGCAGAAACUGAAAAUUAUUCAGGAGAAACUGAAGUCAAAGAGAGAAGAAGCUAAUAAAAGAAUCCAGGGUCUGCAGGAGCACAGGAGAAAAGUUCGAGGAGUAGCAGCCGAUGUAAGAGAGCGAGUCAGUGUCAUGAUUGUGGACAUAAGGAAAAAGCUGGAUGUUUUGGAAAGGAGAGUGUUGGGUGAGAUCUCCAGGCAAGAAGAAGAGAUCUCACUCAGAAUCUCAGAACUGAUCCAGCAACUGAAAAUAAAGGUGGAGGAGCUGUCUACGAAGAGACUUGACAUUGAGGAGCUUUUUCUUAUCACUGACCCAUACAUUGCCUUGCAAAGGAGCGCUGACUAUUGUGAUACAGCUGAGGAGGGUGAUAAUGAGGAUACCGAGACAGAUGUAAAUUGCCACGAUUUAGGGGACCUGAAUCUGGGUCUCAUAUCUGUGACCUUGCACUCAGGCUUAUCUGAUAUUGCGGCUGGGAUAAAGGGAUUGCACCACAUACAGGAUGUUUCGCACAUAUUAACGGAUACAAAAAUUACUGCUGAUAUUUUACAGGACAUAAACACUGCCAGUAAUUAUGUAACUUUGUCUAGUGUUUUGAAAACUGUGUCAGUGUCACUAAUAAACCAAAAUUGUCCAGAAACACAAGAGAGAUUUCAGUAUCCUCAGGUAUUAAGCACCAACAGUUAUUCCUCAGGUCAACAUUGCUGGGAAGUGGAAGGCAGUAAAUCAGGAAUAUGGACUGUAGGAAUGACGUAUCACAGUAUAAAGGGAAAUGGAUGUCACUCAAGGAUUGGAGACAAUACAAAGUACUGGGGUUUAUGGAAGUGGAAUAAUGAUCAAUAUUUUGUGAGACAUGACAGUAAACCAAUCCGGUUACCUUACAGGUAUUCCUGCCACAGACUGGGAAUAUACUUGAACUAUGAGACUGGGCAAUUAUCUUUUUAUGAGCUAGGUGACGUGAUUAAACAUUUAUACACAUUCACUGACACCUUCACUGAGCCACUUCAAGCUGUGUUUGGAGUAUGGGAUUAUUCCUUCCUACCAGUUAAAGGCAAGAUACAUGAAAAUACAUGGAUAAGAAUUAGGAGCUAGUAAUCUUGAGCUAGAUGAUAUCAGACAUGUUGUUGAAGUUAUAGUGCCUGUCUGUUAAACAAUCUGUGCUGCUGUGUGUGCUAAAGUUAUGCAAAAUAUUCUUAAAGGGACAUUGCAGGUACUAUAGCCAUUUCAUCUCAUCCAACAGGUUUUAGUGCCAGGAACUGCUCCUCCAUUCAGUAUUAAACCAUGUUUGAGUAGUUUAACACUAAAUGAGAGUCCCUGGCCACACACAGCCUGACCCCCACUCUUUCAUAAUAACACCACGUUGUACCAGAAAUAGCCACCUGUGAUAGACUGACACUCUAAGCUAAUCACUGCCACUAAUUGCUGCUUGAGUUUAUGAUUCCUUAUCAGCCUGAGCAGCACAGAAGAGCCAGGCUGCCGUGGACUCUCAUUUAGCAUUACACUAUUAAAAAAACACUCUAACAGUGCAGUUUCUCUGAAACUCCAGUGUUUAAUAUUGCAGCACUAACUGCAAUAGGGACACUGCACCCAGACCACUUCAAUGAGCUGGAGUGUUCUUGGAGCCUUUAGUGUCCCUUUAAUACUCAAGGGUUCAUUCAAUAAACAACAAAUUGUGCUGAAUUGAUAAAUGAAUUGUAAUUUUUUUUAUUUAUUUUUAUUUUAUAUUUUUGCUGUGCAUAUAGAUAGUACAUACAGACCUGUGGUACCCCAACAGUAAUCCACAGGUUCGACAGUUUGCAAACAAUUGAGGUACAUGAGUAUAUAAGCACAAUUUUAUAGUAGCUUGAUGUUUGUAGGAAUAUGCACAAUUUUAAGGGAAUUGUAAAACUUUAUACAAAAAUAGCUGAUUUAAAAAAAUUAUCCAACUCAGCUUAGUCAUAGUUACUAUCAUAUUCAUAGCAAACAUCAAUUAUGUUUACAAGUCACUGCAGUUUGUGGUUUACCAAAUAAACACCAUUAGUAAAACAAGCUAAAGUUUAGAGGCAUAUCCUUUAAGAACAACCAUACAAGACUUUCUUUUAAUGUUAUACCAAGGGCUGGUGAUAGAGAAUUUUGCACCUUAGGCAAGAGCCAGCUUAUCUGUAUGUCACUUCUACCCAGCACCUUUGGGUUUCUCUUUCCCCCAGCCCCUUUGCAUGUCUCUCUUCCCAUCCCCUUUGCAUGUCUUUUUUCCCCUUCCUCAGCCCCUCUGUGUGUGUCAUUGUUGUGUUCCCCAGCCCCUCUGUGUGUGUCAUUGUUGUGUUCCCCAGCCCCUCUGUGUGUGUCAUUGUUGUGUUCCCCAGCCCCUCUGUGUUUGUGUCACUGUUUCCUUCCCCAGCCCCUCUGUGUGUGUCACUGUUCCCUUCCCCGAGCCCCUCUGAGUGUCCCUGUGUCUCCUUCCCCAGUUCCUCUGUGUGUGUCACUGUUCCCUUCCCUCCCCCAGCCCCGCUGUGUGUCACUGUUUCCUUCCCCAGCCCCUCUGUGUGUCACUGUUCCCUUCCCCAGCCCCUCUGUGUGUGUGUCACUGUUCCCUUCCCCGAGCCCCUCUGAGUGCCCCUGUGUCUCCUUUGCCAGCUUCUCUGUGUGUGUCACUGUUACCUUCCUCAAGCCCUUUUGUGUCUCUAAUUCCCCUUGCCCAGCCCAUCUGUGUGCAUCAUUUUCUCCUUCCACAGGUCCUUUAUGUGUCUUUCUCUCUACAUCCCUUGCCCGCCUACUCACCUCCCCUGUGUAGCGUGGCUGAGCGGAUCACAGGUAGUGGAUCUUUUGUAUCCUCCUCCCGAUCUGACAGGAAGCUGUUAGCUGCUCCCACCAAGCUAGUUUGCCUAGCUGUAGUGCCGGCCCUGGGUAUACUAGACUCAUGAACCUUUUCUGCAUGGGAAAAUCUACCAGUGAAGUAAGCUGUUUUUAUUUUUUUCAUUCCCGAUUAUCCAUGGUCAUUGAAUUGCUGGCCACCCAUCACUCUUGAAUGAUUGAUUUUUGCUUGAUUUCAGGGGGUAUAUAUUAAGCAAUCUUAUUCCCUGUGUUUGCAUGCUCCCUUGAAAAAGGCAGUUUUGCCGAAACGUUGUGAUUACAGUCAUUUAUUUUUGCUAUGGUAUACCUCGCCUCUCACAUUGUUUUCUUGUGCAAUCCGGUGUUUCUUUUGGUAUAUAUUCAGAUUGUUUUUGUACACAUAUAUCGUUUAUUCAUGACUAUUUUUUAUUGCUUUUGUGCUUAAUUUUGAUUUGUUUUGUGUUCAUUGUAUAUGUUACGGCUUUAAUUUAUGUAUAUCCUAUUACUCUUGCUUAUUUAUCCAGUUGGCAACAUGCAAAUAUGUGUACGCUAAUAAAUGGAUAUAGAUUUAUCUAAUACAUAUUUUGUUACUUUUUAUGGGGUGUGCUCCUCAUUCAUUCUUUAUAGAUUGUAUUUACAGACUCUAUUCUGUAUAGAGGCCUUGAGUGAGCACCCUGACUCGUUAUUAUUUUGGAUUCAGUUGUCUUCUGUUUUACUUAUAGUGUGCCCUCCCUAUUAACUAUCAUUCUACCAUGAUGCCUAAUACCACCUCUAGUGGCUAUCACUCACACAGCCACUUGAGGGAUUUCCUGGUUGAAGCACUACAAUCAUUGCAUGAUCAACGUUCAAUAUAUAUAUCCACUCCAUCGAGACACCGAACGCUUUCCAUAGAGUUGUGUAGACUCAAUGUACCUCUAUGGGCAGUAACUGCAAGACAUGCACUUUAGAGGAAGCAUUUGAUUGGCUAAGAUCACCACUACAACAGAGGAGUCGCCGCACUUUAUUAAAGUAUUGGGGGGGAAGGCCUAAAAUGCUAAAAAGUGUUUCUUCGACCUUAUUCAUUUAAUAGCACUAAUAAAGAACUGCUUUAGAAAUUGACCAGCAGUCAUGAGCCCCUUCCCUAUUGGUGUAUGGGUAGUGUUCCUGAACAUGAAAAAUUGUUGAUGUAGUUUUUGGUCUCUAUCGCCCUCUAUAUAUUUUGUAUGGUACCUUUCAAGACUAGAUACGUACAAUGCUCAUAACAAAAGCCUGAGCUGUCACACAGAGUCUCUAUACAGAUAAAAUACCUUUUUAGGCUACAACUGUUUACUAUAAUCAUAAUAAUAAAUGUUCAUCUCUUAUCCCAAUCUACCAUUAUUACAGGGAAAAUAAACUGUUUUGAGGAUACAAACAGUAAAGUGGUUUUGAUACAAAUAGCAAAUGUUAAAUUUCAAACAUUUCUUUGACUUUUGUUCUUUGAUCUAACAUUGUAGAUUGACAAUCUAAAAAUACUAAAUUCAGAUAGUGACAUUACUUCUGUGAAUUGAAUCUGAAAUCCCUUUCCUGUUGGCAGAAUAAUAAUUAACUAGAGGAGAACUAUGAAGGUGAAUAUUUAUUGCAUGUCAAAAAGUUCCAUCUUGAAAAUGUUCUUUUUCAGCCAUCAAAGGUGCUUUUUUGUCAUUUUCAUCACUUUUCAUCAAGUAUUAGCAUUUUCUUUCCUGACAUUUUCCUUAAGAAAUGUGAAAUGUAUGACUGGAAUGUUGAUGUACUGUUAUUAAUUUAUAUCUAUAUACUUAUCUUUGCAUACUUUAUAUUCAAUAAAAGCAUGGUCCAAAAGGAAUGUUAGUAUUCCCUCUUGUUUUUGGCUUGGCAAAUAUGAAGAAAAUAUUUUUUUAGCAAUCAGAGAAUUU